UAUAACCGUUACCACAGUAUCCACUGCUCAUGCGCACAGGUAACUCUGAGAAUAAAUCGAUCCAGGCGUGGUGGCAUGCAUGACAAUGCUGCAAAUAAUAAUGGGGAAAUGCCUAUAAUAACUAUUCGGAACAUAUAUUCUCAGUUUAAUUGAUAUUUACAAUAAAUCUGUAAAUUGGAGUUAUUAUUGAAGGGAUAAGCUAAUGACGCUCUAGCAACAAGAUGGUUGUCCAUAAAAACGGAAAGAAGGUACCAGUCUAUCGUCAGACAAAAGCGGAGUUAAGGAUUCGCCUGGUAUGGAUGACACUGAAGACCGUGUUCGAGUGCCUGUGCCAGUACGCGCACUAUAUUUGGGACCAUAAUCCACUUAAGGUCCUUUCCCGGCGGCAUCGUCGGCUGUAUUUUGUAGAGAACUAUGGCGAGAUUAUGAUCAAACCAAAGUUUGGCGAACGAAUGCUUGACCUCCUGCUCAGCGAUUACCGACGACGACAGCGUUUACUGAACUGGGUCCAUAGCCGACUUAGGUCUCACGUUGUCGUGCACGAUUUCUGCACCAGCUGGCAAGAUGGCACCGCCCUGUGUGCUCUCCUCGAGUCGAUAUGCCCGGGUGUUUGUCCAAGUUACCAUCUCCUGUCGGGACAUAACAGAGUGAAGAACUGCCGACUAGGUCUAAAGUUGGCCAACAAAUACCUCUAUGUACCUAUGGAUCUUAUAUCCGCCGAGGAACUGGCUAUUGCAAAUAAGACUACAGAAAACAAAAUAAUACAGUACAUAUCAAUGGUGAAAUGGGCAUCACAAAACAUCAAAGAAAAAUGGUCGUCCCUGCACGAAAGUUUAAUUGCUGCUAAAACCGGAAGGUGCUUUGCGAAAGGUUCCGGUUUGAAGAGCGGCAUUGUGGAUAAAAGGUCAAAGUUCACUGUGCUUGUGUCAGAUACAAUAGGGGUGUUCAACCUUCUUAUUGAAGUGCGAGGACCAAAUCAUGAGUUCUGUUGCGAGAGGAUAGUAUCACUCCACCAGGCAAAAGCUUUACUGGACAAAUCCUUCGAUUUUGACGUUCCUCAGUCUGAAAAUAUCAAAUAUUUAGAAGACUGUGCAGGUAAUACAUUUGUGAGGAAAAAGAUCCCCGCUCGUUACGACGCUGAAACCACCGAGCCCAUUUAUUUUGAUAUUCAGUGCGGAGAAGAGGGAACUUUUUACGUGACGUUUGUGCCGCGGAUGGCGGGAAUGCAUGCAGUGGCUGUAAAGUGGCAAAACCACCACGUAGAAAAUAGUCCCUUCAGAAUAAAGGUAUAUAAAGCAUCGAACGUCUCUACGAAAAACUUGAAAGGUGCCCAGGAGAAACGAGUCAUUUAUGACUCACUGUCGUUCUCAAGCCACAGUGCCGACGCCCUAGACCAUCCAGAUGUCCCUGAAGAGUUCGUGUCGCAUAAUGGACACGAAGCUAACCGAUCCCUUUCAGCGAUGGCUAAAGCAAAGGCUUACAGCAAGGGGCGACAACUCACUGUCACCAGACGAAGGGUUUUAAGACGGAUUAUAACUAGAAAUGGUGAAGAUAUUGUAAUUGAAGAGGCGAUAUCGCCUUCACUAUCUCGACAAUCAAGUAUUACGGAUAAUUCUGACGAAGAUGUGAGGCACCACCGAAAUGAAAAAGACGAAACGGUGACAAAUACACAAACUUCUUCGAUUGGAAAGUCCCAUUCUUCAGUAUUAAACACUGUGCCAGAGGAGCGACAAGGUUCUAAAGACAGUGACCAUGCUGGAAGCAAAGACCGGUCACCUACAGAAUCACCGCAAAUUAUAAAGUAUAAAUGUACAGAACUGGAUGAAUUCAAUCGUCUGGAUGACCGUGAUGAUCAGAGCAGUCCGACCAAUGAAAAACGACCGGAAGUGAAUAAUAUCACGGAGCAUGCGCCAGAUCAAAAGUUGACGCUUUUUGAACAAGGUGUAUAUAACGCCGACAGAGUUGCAAAGCGUUCAGCUUUAAAAAGGACAACUUCGAUACACCAUCCUUACAAAGCUGUCGCUAAAAGAACAACAUCAGAUGGACCAAUAUACAAACUUCGCCGGGGUAUGGUAUCCAUGGCAACGUGUGACCUUUCCGACACGAGCUCCGAGUUUUCCUCUGAAGAUAAGCAAAAUAAUGAUGAGUGUGCAGAACCAUCGAGUCCAAAUCUCAAGUUACUUCACUCUAGCAGUUUGAAGAAGGCGUGCAUGUACAUCAGUGAAAAAGCCGUAAAUCAAACCAGCACUUCCUUGGACAGUGAAGCGUUUAGCGAAGAUUUUGGUGAUCAAGCACUUCCGGGGAAAAUAAAGCUGCGAGCGUCUCAGUCACUUCCGAUCAUGCGCAAGUAUUGGAAACGAGAUCUUACCAGUGAAGAUUCGAUCAAAGGUCUCAUUAAAAGUCUUCAGAAGAUAAAUUCGAUUAAAAGUUUUGAAGGUAUGGAUAAAGAUUUCGAUGAACCUAAAAGUUUAAACGAAUUUUUGAAUACGUGUCAGAAUGUUGAUUGUGCUAUCCCUGUGCCCGAAUACGACAAAGAAGCGAGUCCAGUCCAACAAAAUGAAGGUGAACCAGUUGGCACCAUUUCUGAAAUAGCGAAACCGGUGAAAGAAAAUGAUACAAGAUUUAGCUUUGGUAUUUUAGAUCUGAAUGACUAUGAAAAAUGCGCCAAAUUGCCCGGUACAUUAGCCGGAAUUUCGGCAAAGAAGGAAGUAAAUAUCGCGGAUUGCCAAGUCCCGGAAACACCUUCUGGUUUGAGUCAACGCGGCAGUUUAACACGGCAGACGACAAUCUUUUGUCAAAAGAGCAGUGCUGAUUCUUCAUCGGUAAAGACAGAUCACUCCUCGGAUGAUAAGAAAAGCUCUGAUCUGCAGAGCUCAAGUUCUAAUACCAGUGGUCAGUUUCGUGCUUUUAGAAGUAUCUACGUUCAUUCUGAUGCAGAAAACAACACUGAAAACAAAAAUGAAGUAACUAUUGUUAUACCAAAGGCUAAAAUUGACAAAUUCACACAAGUGUCACACAGUGAAAUCACCAAAGAAACGGGAUGGGAUCUUUUAGAAGGCGUUUACUUGCUUCUACGCAAGAUAAGUAUAAAGAUACCAUCUGAAAGUAAUGUCACCAGUCCAGCUAAUAAGUUAGUAUCAAAACCUGUUGAAGGCAUGGAUAGAAUUCAUCCGCGCGUAAACAUGACAAAAGAUGACACAGAACCAGACUGCAAUCGUCUGCAAGUUCCAUUAAGCCCACGUGACGACCGAGAUUAUCCGAGACGACCGUAUCUUUCAUUAAACAACAAGAGGGUUUCAAGUGACCUUGAACUACAUGGUCAGUUGGAACAGUUGAAUAAUGAAAACUUUAGAAAUGUGAACGCUUGGUUUGAGAGGAACAAUUUAUUAAACAGUCCAAACAGACUGGCUCCUGUUCGACAAUACACCAUGGAAACGGUCGACAGUGGAUUCGACGACAGCCAGAUUCCGGCAAAUUUUAACAGACAUGGUCGAUUUAGUCUGCCAAAUGUUCUGUCUGGCAAUGGCCACGUUCGUCUCUACAGGCGACAAUAUCGCGGUCCUCAAAUUGCGUUUGAGCCGAGUUUAGUAAAUAGUAACAGCAGUCAGAGUGUAUCUCUUGAACAUAAAGAAACCGGAAAUGACGCAGACGAUGAGUUGCACGUGCCUAACGAUACCAACAAACAGCAGACGAAACGACGGCAUAGGCGUAUUAACAGAGAGGAUUCUUUUAGCUUGUCCGAUUCAGAGUUACACGAUAGAAGGAAACGAUUGCAAAGGAAAAAUUUUACCUUUGACUUGACGGUAUCUAAAACUGAGGACGAAGAUGGAAUUUCCGAAGCUCGCAAAGAAUUCAAAGAAAUAAUUAAGGAAAUAUUGUCGCGUAAACAUAAAUUUUCAAAAGCAAAGUUGCAGGAUGAAAAAUCAACGGACCAAUCCUUGAACUCUAAAGAAAACGAUAAAUCAACUGCAGGUACCGAACCUGUUGAUUUCAAUGAGGGGACUGUUGAAAAAUGUCCCACACGAUAUACCACUAAGAUGUGGAAAAAUCAGGUUGGCACUCUUACCAGCGUUGACAGCAACUAUUGUGGAUUUGGUGUUUCAAAGUCAUCAAGAAACGACUUUUUAUCACAGAUUGGUAUUUUUCAAAAUCUGUGCCCCACGGAUGAAACAUCCGAUGAUAUGUCCGAGGAAACACCGGCAGCAAAGAUAACACAUUGGCAAGAUGAAAAUGUCGUCAUAUCAAUUAGCGAUGAAAAUGUUGAGUCACAAGACGACAACGAUUUUAUUGACAGUGAUUUAAGCGGACUGUCUUGCGACGAAAUAAAUGACACUCAAAGAGAUAGAGGAACAAAAGAAACCAAAGAAGAACAAGCAAUUGUUGAUGGGUUUUCUAACUUUGAAAUUGAUAAAUUUGAAAAAAGUCUAAAAGAACCUAUCAACAACGUUUCUGUUCACUCAACACUUGACGGUACUAUUAGAUCGUCAACAUAUUUCGACAUGUUUUCAAGUUUUGACCAUUCACAUUUACACGAUGACGUGGAACCUAACAAUGUCGCGAUGUUAGGUGACGUCAUUUCUUUGGGGACAAAUACCGGUGAGCAGACGAUAUUCCGUCUUGCGGGGGCGGGACUUCGGUAUGGCACGGUUGGGGGAACUAACUCAUUUCAGGUCUGGGUUGAAAACCCUACUCCCGGUUCAUUAGCGGUAACUAUAUCCGGACCUCGAUCUUAUUCAGUCACGGAAACGUCUGUUAUAUACACGGGCGACAACUUGUAUGAAAUUUCCUACGAAGUUGCGCAUCCAGGGAAGUACGAAAUUUAUGUAAGCUGGGGAGAUCGAUCACUUUCGAAACAUCCGUAUAUUUGUGAGGCUACGUUAUAAGGGACGUCAUUCCAAUUGCUUGUGUGCUAUCACCCUCAUAAACACAAGUCUCGUGCUCUCUGAUUUGAUUACAAUUUUCAUAGCAAUGUUUUCUCAUAUUGGGGACAUUUUUACGAUUGCAAUUCUUUUGUACAAUAAUUAUAUUUUCUGUUACAAUAUCAGAAAGCAACAUCAAUGAAAACUAUUUAUAUAAACUGCACGCUGGAACGUGCGUCUCAGAGAUUACCAUUUUGUUGGGAACUUUACUUUAUUUUGCAAAAUAUUGCAAAGUAAUUGAUCAAACAAUUCUUGCCGCGGUUACCUUAUACAGAUACACAUUAUGUUCCGGUUUUCUUGUUUAGCACUGGCGCAAUCGGAACAUCCUCGGCUAUUAUUCAUCCGAAGAUUGACGGAAAGGGCUGAAAAGCCAGGUUGGCACUGGCGCCCAUUAUUGAAUACUUGUAAAUUUGUUGUUACGUCUGCUGUGGUUGCAAAGCUGUGAAAUAAACAUGUAAUAAAUUGUUGACCUCUU